AUGGCUUUACACGGUGAGCGAUUCGAGCUCGAUCUGGGUUCUGACACGGAGGAUCAUUCCCCGGCUUCUACCUCCAUCCUUUCCAUCCCGGGUGUCAUCGGAGAAAUCCAGGAACGCUCCCCCGCCGCACCGCCCGCACCUCCGACUCUGAAGUCCGCCAGUGGGUUUCCCGCCCAUCGUCGUCGCGCAAAACAAUCGGCAUUUAAGCAACGACAGGCCCAGCCUAAAGCCGCACCUGCGGAAACAGAACAGCCGACUUCUGCCUUGCAAGAUGACAAAACAGCGAUUGGAGAACAGAAUCGCCAGCAACUGGCAUCUAUGUCCGACGCGCAGAUCAAACAUGAACGCGAGGAGCUGCUAUCUUCUCUCGACCCGUCAUUACUCGAACGGUUUCUUCGUCGGGCUCGCAUUGAUGACGAAAACCCGGCGCCUUCGUCCUCUACCGCGACAAUGAGCGACGAUACCCAAACCACUGCAGCUCCUGCCCCAAAACCAGACCCGACUCCUUCCUCUAUAUCGCAACCAAAAGAUAAUAAGAAAGAGAGCAAUACUCCUCGUAUAGACGAAAGCGCUCCCUCAAAGAUCCCCGAAGACCUCCACCCAGCAGCGAACUUUCCUCACUCCGGCUCCGUCCAUUUUCCUACUCCGCCGCCUGGCACCACCAUGCCAACAUUAGAUCCUUCAUCGCCCUCCUUCCUAUCCGACCUCCAAGCGCACUACUUCCCUAAUAUUUCCCACGACCAUUCCUCCCUCUCCUGGCUUCAGCCACCCUCAUCAGAACCAGAUGAACCCGGAGCCCCUCCAUCAUCCGCCUACCACCCAGGCAGUAGCGCUGAAGCUGUGCAUCCAGCUUUUCUACGAUUCUCUCUAACCGGCACAAUACUGUCGCCCUCAACAUCGCUCUCCUUACCGACAACACUAGGCCUACACCACCAUGGCGACGAUCCCCAUGCUGCCGGAUAUACUAUCCCCGAACUCGCCAUCCUCAGCCGUUCCUCAUUUCCCGCCCAACGCUGCAUCGCCUGGCAAGUCCUCGGCCGUAUCUUAUUCCGCCUUGGAAAAGGCCAGUUCGGAGAACGAGGGAGCACACUGGUCGAAGGUCUUUGGUCCGUGGUUGAGCGCGAAGGUGUAGUGGCUGGGAUGCUGGAGGAGGCAGGUUCGUCGACUUCUACCCCGACUCGCCGUGCGGAUAGGGAUUCUACGGAUUCAGCAGCGGAGAAUGAGCAGGACUCAGCAAACAUGCAGACGAGCGGCUUUCGCCGUCAUGCUAGCGCGUCAGCGUGGGCUGUUGAAGGUGUCUGGUUAUGGCAGAUGGGCGGCUCUGGCGAUCGGGGCAUCUUGAAACCCGGUGAGCUCCGAUCACAGUAG